CUACAAUAAAAUCCUGGAUCGGAGUACAGGAUCUGGAGUAUCUGUUACCAACUGUUUAUAAGGAAGUGACUAAGCAUUCCUCCAUUAGUCUGUUUUGUGUGUACAAGAGAAACAUUGGAAAGCAGCAUGAAAACGAUUGUUCUGUUCUCGUCUCUGGUUCUGGGCUGCCUGGCUCAGAAACCUCACCCCUGCAAAUCUCCACCUCUUCUGACAGGUAGCCUCUCUGUGGUGGCUCAUCAUGAUCUGACGGCCGGUGCCAAAUAUACCUAUGAUGCAUUUGGGCAGCGUAUCCGCUUCAGAGAAAUUGGUUCUUACCAGAACCAGACAUUCUGGAUUGAUGCGCUGCUGCUCUUCAGAGAGGGUGUCAUCUAUAAGAUCAACCAUCAGAACCGCACCUGUAAGAAGGAGAAAUUAUGGGCAGACUUUCAUCCCAUGGAAGUUCCUAACAAUGCAACUCUGCUGGGGCAAGUCAUCUUGGGUGGUUCCUCUGGUCCAGGAGAGGGUCUUCUGGUCAAUAGCUGGUAUGGAGAAAUGAAACGGGGGAAAUACGUGAGCACAGUAACAGAAUUCGGAUGUUUGCCUGUCAGCACUUUAUUUCACACAGAACGCACUGGAUGGAUAUUGACAAGUUUUUUCAACAUUCUCAUUGGAAUUGAGGACCCUCAAGAUUUCUUCCCUCCUGACUUCUGUCAGGAUGCAGUGUCAGACAACAAAGGAGAACCUGCUGACUUCUACAGCCUGUUUUUUGAGUAGUAACAAGAAGUUCAACAGUCUUUUAUUUGUUCUCUAUACUUAAACCUAUGCUAAUACUAUUUAGAUCACAAUCAUAUAUGUUCUAAUUUGCUAUGAAAGUCUAUGAAAGUUUUAUGAAGGAACAAAAUGUAACUUUCAUGGGAGUUUAAAGGGAUGACCUGCAAUGGGCAUUUUUCAAGACACAUGUAAUCAAACACUGGGAUAUGUUACUAUCUUCUUCCUUUAAGCUUCUAUUUCCAAGCAACACUGGAAUAGUUUCUGUGUCAUGUGUGAAGUUGACUAAAGUUUGGAAUUGCUCAAUACUAUUUUUGUCUGGCUUUUACACAGGCAUUUUCCAGGCUGCACCCCUGAUAAAACUUAAAUUGCAGUCACUAUAAAAAGGAAUUGUAUGAAUAAACAGUACUGAUCACAGUGACAAUA